AUGGAGGCCGCGCCCGGGACCCCCCCGCCGCCGCCAUCAGAGUCGCCGCCGCCGCCAUCGCCACCACCGCCAUCAACGCCUUCGCCUCCUCUGUGUCCCCCCGACGCCUGCCUGGCUACCCCGCACCUCCUCCACCGCCUCCCGCUCCCUGACGACAGGGAAGAUGGUGAGUUGGAAGAGGGCGAGCUGGAAGAUGAUGGGGCCGAGGAGACGCAGGACACCUCUGGGGGCCCUGAGAGGAGCCGGAAGGAGAAGGGGGAGAAGCACCACAGCGACUCGGACGAGGAGAAGUCUCACCGGAGGCUGAAGCGGAAGCGCAAGAAAGAGCGGGAGAAGGAGAAGAGGAGGGCCAAGAAGAGGAGGAAAUCCAAGCAUAAACGUCACGCUUCCUCCAGCGAUGACUUCUCGGACUUCUCCGAUGACUCGGACUUCAGCCCCAGCGAGAAGGGGCACCGCAAAUACCGAGAGUAUAGCCCGCCCUACGCGCCGUCCCACCAGCAGUACCCUCCGUCCCACACCACGCCCCUGCCCAAGAAGUCCUACUCCAAGAUGGACAGCAAAGGCUACGGCAUGUACGACGACUACGAGAACGAGCAGUACGGGGAGUACGAGGGGGAGGAGGAGGAGGACAUGGGCAAGGACGACUACGACGACUUCACCAAAGAGCUGAACCAGUACCGGCGCGCCAAGGAGGGCAGCAGCCGGGGCCGAGGCAGCCGGGGCCGAGGCAGGGGCUACCGGGGCCGAGGCAGCCGUGGAGGGUCUCGAGGCCGAGGCAUGGGCAGGGGCAGCCGAGGCAGAGGCAGAGGCUCCGUGGGAGGAGACCACCCAGAGGACGAAGAGGACUUCUACGAGGAGGAGAUGGACUACGGGGAGAGUGAGGAGCCGAUGGGAGAUGAGGACUACGACGACUACUCCAAGGAGCUGAGCCAGUACCGCCGGUCCAAGGACGGCCGAGGGCGAGGGUUAAGUCGAGGCCGAGGCCGGGGUUCCCGAGGUCGAGGGAAAGGGAUGGGCCGGGGACGCGGUCGAGGAGGCAGCCGAGGUGGGAUGAACAAGGGCGGGAUGAACGACGACGAAGACUUCUACGACGACGACAUGGGCGAUGGUGGUGGGAGCUACCGGAGGAGUGACCACGACAAGCCCCACCAACAGUCCGACAAGAAAGGCAAAGUCAUCUGCAAAUACUUCGUGGAGGGGCGGUGCACCUGGGGAGACCACUGUAAUUUUAGCCACGACAUCGAGCUACCAAAGAAGCGAGAACUGUGCAAGUUUUACAUCACUGGGUUUUGUGCCCGAGCCGAGAACUGCCCCUACAUGCAUGGUGAUUUCCCGUGUAAGCUGUACCACACAACUGGAAACUGUAUCAACGGCGACGACUGCAUGUUCUCUCACGACCCCCUGACCGAGGAGACCCGAGAGCUCUUGGACAAGAUGCUGGCGGACGAUGCGGAGGCGGGCGCCGAGGAUGAGAAGGAGGUGGAGGAGCUGAAGAAGCAGGGCAUCAACCCCCUGCCCAAGCCACCCCCGGGCGUGGGCCUCCUGCCCACCCCGCCCCGCCCGCCCGGCCCACCGGCCCCCACAUCUCCGAAUGGCCGGCCCAUGCAGGGCGGCCCCCCGCCCCCCCCGCCCCCGCCCCCGCCCCCCGGACCCCCUCAGAUGCCCCUGCCAACGCACGAGCCGCUGUCCCCGCAGCAGCUGCAGCAGCAGCAGGACAUGUACAAUAAGAAGAUCCCCUCCUUGUUUGAGAUCGUGGUGCGGCCCACAGGGCAGCUGGCUGAGAAGCUGGGCGUGAGGUUCCCUGGACCCGGAGGACCCCCUGGGCCAAUGGGCCCUGGGCCCAACAUGGGACCCCCAGGGCCGAUGGGGGGCCCGAUGCAUCCUGACAUGCACCCCGACAUGCACCCAGAUAUGCACCCCGACAUGCACCCCGACAUGCACCCAGAUAUGCCGAUGGGCCCCGGCAUGAACCCUGGCCCACCCAUGGGCCCCGGCGGCCCUCCCAUGAUGCCCUACGGUCCCGGAGACUCCCCGCACUCUGGAAUGAUGCCCCCCAUCCCACCAGCCCAGAACUUCUAUGAGAACUUCUACCAGCAGCAGGAGGGCAUGGAGAUGGAGCCGGGGCUCAUUGGGGACGCAGAGGACUACGGGCACUACGAAGAGCUGCCGGGGGAGCCUGGGGAGCACCUCUUCCCCGAGCACCCUCUGGAGCCAGACAGCUUCUCUGAGGGAGGGCCCCCAGGCCGGCCGAAGCCGGGCGCCGGUGUCCCCGACUUCCUGCCCUCGGCUCAGAGGGCCCUGUACCUGAGGAUCCAGCAGAAGCAGCAGGAGGAGGAGAGAGCGAGGAGGCUGGCUGAGAGCAGCAAGCAGGACCGGGAGAAUGAGGAAGGUGACACUGGGAACUGGUACUCAAGCGAUGAGGAUGAAGGUGGGAGCAGUGUCACCUCCAUCCUGAAGACGCUGAGGCAGCAGACGUCUAGCCGGCCCCAGGCUUCUGUUGGAGAGCUGAGCGGCAGUGGGCUGGGGGACCCCCGCCUCCAGAAGGGACACCCCACGGGAGGCCGACUGGCUGACCCCCGCCUCAGCCGGGACCCCAGGCUCUCCCGCCAUGCCGAGGCUUCCAGCGGGUCAGGCCCAGGUGACACCGGACCCUCUGACCCGCGACUGGCUCGCUCCCUGCCCACCUCCAAGCCCGACGGCGGCUUGCAUUCCAGCCCUGCCGGUCCCGGGGGCUCCAAGGGGUCUGGGCCACCCCCGGCGGAAGAAGAGGAAGGGGAACGAGCCCUGCGGGAGAAGGCCGUCAACAUUCCCCUGGAGCCGCUCCCUGGGCACCCACUGCGGGACCCGCGGUCACAGCUGCAGCAGUUCAGCCACAUCAAGAAGGACGUGACCCUGAGCCGGCCCAGCUUCGCCCGCACUGUGCUCUGGAGCCCCGAGGACCUGAUCCCGCUGCCCCUGCCCAAGCAGGAGGCGGCGCCCCCCGUGCCCGCCGCCCUGCAGUCCCUGCCGGCGCUGGAUCCCAGGCUGCACCGCGCCGCCGCCUCAGGGCCCCCCAACCCCCGGCAGCGUGCGGGCAACUCUGCAGAUGCCGGCGCGGCCGGCUCCAGCCUGCCUGACUUUGAGCUCCUCUCACGCAUCCUCAAGACUGUCAACGUGACUGGCCCCUUGGCCACCCCUGGCUCCGGCGACAAGCCCAGUGACCCCCGAGUGCGGAAGACGCCCACCGACCCCCGGCUGCAGAAACCCACAGACUCCACCACUGCCUCCUCCCGGGCGGCCAAACCCGGCCCUGGCGAGGUGCCCUCUCCAGCUGCCAGCCCCAGUGGGGAGUCCUCCCCACCGGCCACCGCCCCCUACGACCCCCGCGUGCUGGCAGCUGGCGGCCUAGGCCAGGGCGGCGGGGGCAGCCAGAGCAGCGUGCUGAGCGGCAUCAGCCUCUACGACCCCAGGACUCCCAGCACGGGGGGCAAAGCCGCAGAGCCGGCCGCCGACGCGGGCGCCCAGCCCAAGGGCCCUGAGGGCAACGGCAGGAGCUCUGCUGCCGCCAAGGCCAAGGAGCCCCCGUUUGUCCGCAAGUCCGCCCUGGAGCAGCCUGAGUCCGGGAAGCCCGGCGCCGACGGGGCCACGGACAGAUACAACAGUUACAACCGGCCCCGGCCCAAGGCUGCCGCCGCCCCUGCUGCCACCGUGGGCACCCCGUCAGCAGAGGGCAGCCUGCCCCAGCCCGGCGUGCACAACCUGCCUGUGCCCACCCUCUUCGGGACCGUGAAACCGGCACCCAAGACGGGCUCCGGAAGCCCAUUUGCUGGCAACAGCCCAGCCCAAGAGGGUGAGCAGGACGCUGGGUCCCUGAAAGAUGUGUUUAAAGGCUUCGACCCCACCGCCUCCCCUUUCUGCCAGUAGUGUUAAGCCGGAGUCCAGCACUCCCCGCACCCCACCCUUCCCAGGGCAAUAUUUAAGGGCAGCGACCAGAGUUGGGGCUUGGGGGGAGGGGGGAGGGGGUUUGGGUGUUCUUUCUUUUCUUUCUUCCUAUUGUUUUCUUUUUUCCUCUCUCUCUUUUUUUUUAAGUAGUAUCUUCUUUAAAACAUAUGAAUUGUAUAUAACCAUCUUUAACUUCUGGUCAGUGCUGCGGGGCUGCUAGGUGCCCGCCGACAAAACCUCCACGUGCAUGUGAGCAGUCGCGAGUCCCCUGGGCCUCAGCCCAGCUGGCACUCCGCCUGGCCUGGCCAGGCCCGAUUUUCAGGGACUCCCUUAAAGGCUGGGGCCCCAGUCUGGCAGCUGGGGGUCUGGUGGGUUUUCUGGGCAAAGCGGGGCCCCUCCUCCUCCUCCCACCCCACCCCACCCCACCCCCAGGACGAAGGGAGCAGCAGGCGUCAAGAAGGCACGAAGUGUUGCAUGAGCAAGAAGAGCUGGAGCCGAGACGGUGGGCAGGCCCCGCGGGGAAGCAGGUCUAGGCAUUUCUGCGUCUCCUCUGCAGCAUGCAGGCCAUGAUGACCCGCUUCAGGGGCCAGUGGACGAGAGGAAGUAUCAAGAAAGAAGAACCUUGGGAAGCUGCCUGGGCCAGGAGAAACAGUCCUUUCCCACUGCUGUCUCGUCUGGAUUCACCUGCAGGGCCCCCUGCCCCCACCCCGCCCCCCUCCGUCCAGAGUUCACCCGUGAACCCGCGCCCACCAGCCUGCGGCAGAAGACUCCGGGGUGAGAGAUGGACCUGGAGUCAGCAGGGCUGGUGCGGGGCGACGGCCCCGCAGACUGCGUGCUUUCUGUCAGUAUUAGCCUGUCCUGUUGUGGCCAUGCCUUUCUCCCCACGUGCCGGGCUCUGUCCUGGGCCCUGGAAGGCAGCGCACGUGCCGGUGUGCCGGCCCUGGCCCCUCUGGGGACAGCUCAAGGAUCCGUGCGUGGCCUGCCACCACGCUCCCGACGGAGGGAGCCAGGGUGGUGGUCAGCAAAGCAUCGCCCUCCACACCCCCUCACAGCGUACCUUCAGGGCCCGUGGUUUUGGUGUGUUUGAUUUUCUUCCAAGCCAAAGGGGGCAUGGGUUCAGAGGCACGUGCAGUGUUGGCUUUAUGGCCACGUCCAGGCAGGGGGCCUGAGGACACGGUGGGAAGCUGGCCAGGGCCCGGAGGGUGACCCGCUGUGAGCGGGGCAAGGACCCCACAGCCCGCAUCCUGCUCUCCUCGUCCAUCCGGCUGAGCCGGGAAGGGAGCCGAAAGGGCUGCCCUGGGCUCCGCAGCUCCCCCAGGACCCUGGCUGGGCUCCCGUCCUGUCCACAGAGCCCAGUAGAGGCCCACGCCGUGACCUCGGGAAUUGGACGUGGUCUGUGCCCACACCUGCCUGCUCUCCUGCCUCGCUCCUCAUCCUGCCAUCUCGGCCCCCUCGCUUAAGGGCCCUGACUCUUCCUGCUAAUAAUGAGGAAGCCUGGUGUUUCAACCAGCCAGAGGGUUACCCCUCCCACCUCCCUGGGGUGGGAGGUUAAAGAAGGUCCCACACCCCCUCCCCCAGAAAAGGAAUAGUCCUAGAGUUUGGUGCCAGAAGCAAGGGCGGGGGAGGCACCCCCACAGGGUCAGUGCGCCAUGAUCAGGGUGGUUUGGUUUGUCUUUGUGUCUUUUUCUGUUUUUUUUUUUUUUUUUUAAACAAUCAUUAAUGAGAUUUUUCUUCAGCCACCAGUGUUGGCCUCGAAGCAGAGGGCUGCAGCCCCUGGUUUGUAAUAUAAGAAAGAAUACGCAGUGUGGCUGUGGUUGGGUGUUGGGUUGUUUGUGUUUUUUUUCCCUCCUUUGAGAAUUUUAUUUUGUAGAAGCAAAAUGAAAUACUUUUUUAAAACUGAAAUCUGUGGAUGAAUUAGAAGCUGGAACCCUCCUCUUGGAAUAUUCAGCCUAAGAACCUCAUGGGACUAUGAAUUCACCCAAAAUUUUCAUUUGCCAUCAGGCCGAGCUUUUAAAGAAAAAAAAUAAAUUGUUCUCUAACCAGGAUUGUAACAAAAGUGUAAAUACUAUUUCAGAGUUGAAAGUUGACGGUGCAAAUAUGUAUAUAACGUACUGUAUUUUUACAAUGAUCGUCGCAUGACUAUUCCUCCCCCUUUUUGUACUCCAUAUCUGUCUUCCAGAAACACCACCUGUCCUUUCUCCUGUGGUCUCUUAAUCCAAUAAUUGUAUUACUGCCAUUAAAGGAUGCAGUUAUUUUAAAAAAAAAAA